UUUGUCUGAGAGUGACUGACUUUGCGUCAUGCAUAAAUUACGUAUACAUUUAUAAGACAAGUAGACAUAUAAACGAGAAUGUUAUUAAAUGAAAAGUCAGUCUCGUACGAUUUACCAACGACGACGAAUAAAUUUAGUUAAAGAUUCACGUGAAUAAUAAAUUUUUAGGAAAUUAUAAACUAUCAAAAUGAAACUUCUUCUCUUGAGUAUUGUUUUUUGCUUGACGGUGACAAUUAUUUCAAGUCGUACUGCAACACGACCAGGUUCCCCUGUCGAUUCACCUGUUUGCAAGCGGCAUGGCGAUGACUGCAUAUCUUCUGAUGAAUGCUGCAGCAAUGUGAAAAUGACAUGUAAUCGUUUUGCCGGAAGGUGCCAAGUUGUUAUAACAAGGGAUGAUUUGUUAGAAGGGAAGGCCAAAUUAAAAAAAACAGGACACCAUCUUUUUUAAACUAUUUUUAAAUUAAUUUUUAAUUAAGAACUUUACUGAGAUUAUAAAUAGUAAAUGAAAAAAAAAAAAUAAA